UCUUGAACCAUUUUUUCAGAUUUUUGUUUAAUUUUUGGAUCUGAAUUUUGAUGGGUUUUGAUCAGUUUUGGCUUUUAAAAUGGAGUGUGAUUGGAUGAAUAGUUGAAUAUAGAAAUUGGGUGCAUUUUUUUUUAAGUACAACAAUUUUCUUGAGUAAAUUUGAAGUAGAAAAACCCCUUUUAAUUUUGGGUUUUAAUCUUGGCGUAUGAAAAGAGUAAUUUUGGAUAAAUGGAUAGAAAAAAGGACGUGGGUGAUUUAUUUUUAUACAGUACAACAAUUUUUUUUGUAAAUUGAAAAACCCAUAUUUCAUGUAAUCUGGACUAAAUUUUGGUUUGUUUGUGUGUCACUGCCAUGGAUAUAGAGUAGACAUAGAUUGUGGGUAUUGUGAUUUGUGAUUACGUGUGUUGGAUUUGAAUUUCAGAUGUCAACUUGUUUAUACUAUUGGAUAUGAGAGUAUGUAUGUCAUCGAGAUAAAGCAUAUUCCAUUGGUCCCAGAAAGAGUUACAAUAUAUUCUAGUACUGUACUAGACAAACUAAUAAAUGGGGCAGAAAUCAGAAUAAUCUUGAAUGUAUGAUACAAUCAAUUGUUUGUUUGUGGCAGAACUAUCUUGAUUUACAAUGAUUUAGUUUUCAGGGGCUAAUUGAAGAAUUGAAGAUAUAUAUGCUGCUAUAUGAUAGAGCAGGCUACGCGGAUAGUGAUCCAAACCCUGAAAGGUCACUCAAAAGUGAAGCAUUAGAUAUUGAGCAACUCGCGGAUCAGUUAGAAUUAGGACCCAAGUUCUAUGUGAUUGGGGUGUCAAUGGGAUCAUAUCCUAUUUGGAGUUGCCUCAAGUAUAUACCACACAGGCUGCAAGGUGUAGCUUUGGUGGCUGCAGUUGUCAAUUAUUCCUGGCCCUCUCUCCCUAAAAGCCUAAUCAAAGACGACUUCAGAAGAAAUCUUGUUAAAUUAACUCUUUUUGUUUUGAAACAUAUGCCCAGUUUACUAUAUUGGUGGAUGAACCAGAAGUGUCUCCCUACGGCAAAUGUAAUGGAGAAGAAUCCUGUAUUUUUCAGCGAAAGAGAUCAGGAAGUUCUGAAAAGAACUCCAGGAUUUGAACUGCUCAGUGAGAACAAAAUAGAACAGAGAAGUAUAUUUGAUAAUCUUCGAGGUGAUAUAUUGGUGGGACUUAGUAAAUGGGAGUUCGAUCCAUUGAAACUAAACAAUCCAUUUCCCAAAGACGAGUCAGUUCAUCUAUGGGUAGGCUAUGAAGAUAAGGUUGUUCCAGUUGAACUUCAAAGACAUGUCAUGGAAGAAUUACCUUGGAUCAAGUACCAUGAAAUUCCUCAUGGCGGCCAUUUGAUUGUGUAUGACACUGAAGUAUGUGAAUCCAUCUUAAGGGCACUCUUGCUCAACGAAGAACCUGCAAAAUAUAUACCGUUACCUGGUACUCCAAAGCUGAUAGCAGCAUCAUAAUUUUUAAUUUUUUUUACAUUUUUUAUCUGUUGCACCUAUUCUCAAUACUUGAAUGGUGAUAUUUGUGAAGAAAAAAAAAAAUUAAAUUCUGAUUUGUAAAAAGAACGUGUUUGAUGUGUAAUAGCUCUUAAUCUGAACUCUGAAGCAUGAGUUAUAACAGGAAAUGAAAUUGGUUUCAUAGCUUUCUA